AUGAGGACUUCCGUUCUCCUCAGCGCGCUUGUUCUGCUCGCCGCUGUGUUCGUCGAUGCUAAUGCCGUCCCUGAAGAUGUAUCAACGAUCAUAGAGGAAGUCGAGCGCGUCCUGAAGGAGGAAACCCCUGGACCGUCGUGCAUGGAGGAGUUCAAGAAAAGCCGCAAGGAGUGCGUGAGGGAUCACAUGUGCGCAACGGACGAGUGCAAGGAGAAGACCGACCGCUGCAUCGCCAAGGCGUACAAGCGCUUCAAGAUCUGCAAGUUCCCCCCGAAGAAGCCGGCGCCCCAGCCGCCGAGUUGCAAGAAGCUGUGCAAGAUGCUUUACAACAACUGCAAGAAGGAGAACAAGGGCAGCUGCGGGAUGAAGUACAACAACUGCAUUAUGAACAACUGCUCUUAG